CUCUCCAAUGGACUCUGAGAGAGAGAGAGAGGGGCCUGACUGUGACUGUCCCCAACGGGUAACCUAAGCUCAAUAACCCCCCCGACUGUGCUCGACUGAACAAGAUCAAUAUCAAUCCAACAUUUUAUUCAUUUUCAGCUUUUUUAUACAUAUAUGUCAAAGACCAACACUCCAAUCGCAUAACAAGAUUCGAGCUAAUUUUCUCUCUUACACAGUCAUGGCUCUGAGAUGGAGCUCAAUUCUAAUGGUGGCUCUGAAUCUACUUCUAAUUAUCAAUCAGUCAGAAUCGGCACCGCAAGCUUUUCGUCGAGACCCUGGGCACCCUCAGUGGCACCACGGUGCCUUCCACGACGUCAGAGAUACCAUCCGAUCCGAAGUCCGUCGCCUGCUCCACACUCGCGCUGAGGUCCCAUUCCAUGUUCCGCUCGAAGUAAACGUAGUCCUCAUUGGUUUCCAAGGCGAUGGAGGCUAUAGGUACACUGUAGAUUCGCAAAAAUUGGAAGAGUUUCUCAGGGUCAGCUUCCCAACCCACAGGCCGUUGUGCCAGGAGACAGGCGAGCAUCUCGAUAUUGAGCAUAACAUUGUUUAUAACACAUUUCAUGCUGGACAGGCAGAAUUUAUAGUGCUUGAGAAAUCACUGAAAGAGGCCAUGGUUCUAGCUGGAACUGCACGAGAGGCUGAUUAUGGAAGGGAGCUUCCAUUGUUCGAGGUAGAAGCAACAGUUGUCGAACCCAUAUUUCAUACCCUGUAUUCCUUCCUUUUUGACGUGGACAAUGUUCGAUAUUCUGCUGGGGAUAUGGAUAGACCUAUGCCUACUGUGAUAUUUAUUGUCAACUUUGAUAAGGUAAGAAUGGAUCCUAGGAAUAAGGAAAUUGAUCACGACAGUUUGAUGUAUGGAAAAAUUACCCAGCUAACAGAGGAGGAUAUGAAAAAACAAGAGAGUGAAUACAUAUAUCGUUAUCGAUAUAAUGGAGGAGGAGCAUCUCAAGUUUGGCUUGGCUUUGGCAGAUUUGCUGUGAUCGACCUUUCAGCAGGCCCAUGUACAUAUGGGAAGAUUGAGACUGAGGAGGGGAGUGUCAGUUCUAGAACACUGCCACGGUUACAGCAUAUGAUAUUUCCAGGUGGUUAUGGUCCAGUUACUGGUCAUUCUACCUCUGAUAUUUUCAUUGGACAGCUAGCCUCUUUGAUAUCAACCACAAUUGAGCAUGUUAUAGCUCCAGAUGUUAGGUUUGAAAUUGUUGACCAGACAACACGGUUGCUUGUACCUAUAAUCGUCCUGCAAAAUCAUAAUCGAUAUAAUAUUUUGGAGAAAGGUCACAAUUACAGUAUUAAUAUUGAAGCAAUUGAGGCAGAGCUUAAGAAGAUGGUUCAUGAUGGACAUGAAGUAGUUAUGGUUGGGGGCUCACAUUCAUUACACCGACAUGAGAAGUUGUCUAUUGCUGUUUCAAAGGCAAUGCGAGGCCAUUCCCUGCAAGAAACAAAGAAUGAUGGGCGUUUCCAUGUUCAUACCAGGACAUUUCUGGAUGGCGCCAUUCUUAAAGAAGAGAUGGAAAGAUCUGCUGAUGUGCUUGCUGCUGGUUUGCUUGAGGUGGCUGAUCCAUCUCUCUCAAGUAAAUAUUUCCUCCGCCAGCACUGGAUGGAUGACUCCGAGGGUUCGACUGACUCCAUACUAAAGCAUAAACCCCUCUGGGCUAGUUAUGAUUCAAAACGAGGCAAGAAGAAAAAGAAAAUAGAAAAGAAACAGGGGGAUCUGACCCGUACUUACGGAACAAGAGUAAUUCCUGUCUUUGUGUUAUCAUUGGCUGAUGUGGAUGCUCAGCUUAUGAUGGAAGAUGGAAGUCUUGUAUGGACGAGCAAUGAUGUUGUCAUUGUACUUGAGCAUCAAAGUGAAAAGAUACCUCUUAGUUAUGUUUCAGAAACAGAAAGAAGGCAUGUUGUUCCAUCACAGGCACAGCGCCACAUAUUGGCAGGGCUUGCUUCUGUUGUGGGUGGAUUGAGUGCACCAUAUGAGAAGGCUUCUCAUGUACAUGAGAGGCCAGUUGUGAAUUGGCUUUGGGCUACUGGUUGUCAUCCAUUUGGACCAUUUUCCAAUACUUCUCAAAUCAGUCAAAUACUUCAAGAUGUGGCAUUGAGGAACACAAUAUAUGCACGUGUAGAUUCUGCGCUUCACAGAAUUCGUGAAACAUCAGAGGCUGUCGAAGCUUUUGCUGCAGAACAUCUCAAAACCCCACUUGGUGAACCAGUAAAGGGCAAGAAAAACAAAACAACCACUGAGCUCUGGUUGGAGAAGUUCUACAAAAAAACAACCAACCUGCCUGAACCUUUUCCCCAUGAAUUAGUUGAACGUUUAGAGAAAUACUUGGAUAGCCUUGAGGAGCAGCUUGUAGACUUGUCUUCCUUGUUAUAUGAUCACCGGUUACGAGAUGCAAAUUAUAACAGUUCAGCAAUUCUACAGAGCUCCAUAUUUACCCAGCAGUAUGUAGAUCAUGUCUUGUCUAAUGAGAGGGAAAAGAUGAGAUGCUGCGAAAUUGUUUACAAAUAUCCUGUGCAAUCUUCCCAAACUUACAUCUAUGGAGGCAUUCUUCUUGCUGGAUUCUUUGUAUACUUUCUUGUCAUAUUUUUUUCAAAUCCCGUGCACUGACCUUAAACAGUAAUCCCUGGACUAAUACAUCAAUUUUCCAAAGCUUUUAGAUGCUCUUAAUGUAGAAGAAAUGCAUAUUUCAACUCAUACCAAAUCCAAAAAGAUAAAAAGAUUUUGAUUA